CAUCUUCUACACUCGUUUUUCUUUUCCAAAUCUUUUUCCGGAAUUUUCUCUCAUUUUCUCAGAAACCAAACAGCCUCUACUCAUCGUGACUUAACCCGGUUACUAUAUACGGAAGUAUAUACUCACCUUUAUUUGUCUUUAUUCCUUUAUUUUUCUCGGUCUCCGAGACUACAGAAUCAUAAAAUUCUUCCCGAGAAGUGGACUUCUGUGUUUUUUUUUUUCUCGGAUCAAUCACCGCUGAAAAUUGAUUUCCCGAGAAUCUUGAAGUUCCCUCUGAAGGUGGUAUUGCUUGGCGGUUUCACUCCCAUCAAGCCUUUGAAGGAAAAUGUCUCAGAAGAUCAUGCCUUCCAUGCAGCCUGUUAAACCGUUACAGGCAGACUAUAGUCUUGUCGAUUCACCAAUCUCUGAACGCCUUGAGAGCUCCUCCGGUUUAAGUGUGCAGAGGGCUGAAAUUAUCAGCUCUACUAUUUCUGGAAAUAGUGGAUUAAAGAAUGAGGCGAAUGAAAUUGCUGAUCAUGUUGGGGACAUGGGUAACACAAAUGAGGAUUCUCCAUAUAGUGGGCAUAAUACUUCAAAUGGAGUGCUGCCCUCAAUUGGUGAUGGAGAUCUGGGUGCUGCUCUUCCUCCCUUGCCUUCGAGCUCAGUGUCUCAGAGUAAUGAACACAGGUGGAGCGACACAAGUGCAUAUGCUCGGAAGAAGAUGUUACAAUCUUGGGUCCAACUUCCAAACGGUAACUGGGAGCUGGGGAAGAUAUUGUCAACUUCAGGAGAAGAGUCUGUUAUUUCAUUCCCUGAAGGAAAAGUUUUAAAUGUAAGAUCAGAGAUUCUAGUACCGGCAAACCCUGAUAUUCUUGAUGGCGUAGAUGAUCUCCUGCAACUAAGUUACUUAAAUGAGCCAUCAGUGUUGUACAAUCUCCAGUACAGAUACAAUCAAGAUAUGAUAUAUACUAAAGCAGGACCAGUAUUGGUGGCUGUAAACCCCUUCAAGGAGGUUCCUUUAUAUGGUGAUCGCUACAUUGAGGCAUACAAGAAUAGGUCGAUUGAGAGCCCUCAUGUAUAUGCAAUUGCGGAUACAGCAAUUCGUGAAAUGAUACGGGAUGAAGUUAAUCAAUCUAUCAUCAUCAGUGGAGAGAGUGGAGCCGGAAAAACUGAGACGGCAAAGAUAGCUAUGCAAUACUUGGCUGCUCUUGGAGGCGGAAGUGGGAUAGAGUACGAUAUACUGAAGACGAAUCCCAUCUUGGAAGCAUUUGGAAAUGCAAAAACAUUGAGAAAUGAUAAUUCCAGUCGUUUCGGGAAGCUGAUAGAGAUUCAUUUCAGUGAAACUGGAAAGAUCUCGGGUGCUAAAAUUCAAACCUUUUUACUUGAAAAGUCUAGAGUGGUCCAAUGCGCUGAAGGAGAAAGGUCCUACCAUAUAUUUUAUCAGCUAUGUGCUGGGGCUUCACCUGAGCUUCGAGAAAAGCUUAAUUUGAUGAGUGCUCAUCAAUAUAAAUAUCUGAGGCAGAGUAAUUGCUAUUCAAUCAACGGAAUUGAUGAUGCUGAACGUUUUCAAACUGUCAUUGAAGCCCUAGACAUUGUACAUGUUACUAAAGAAGAUCAUGCCAGUGUAUUUGCAAUGCUUGCUGCAGUGUUAUGGCUGGGGAAUGUUUCCUUCACCAUUAUUGAUAAUGAAAACCAUGUUGAACCUACAGAAGAUGAAAGUUUGUCAACUGUUGCUAAACUAAUUGGGUGCACCAUUAAUGAGCUUAAACUAGCUCUAUCGAAACGUAAGAUGAGAGUUGGGAAUGAUACUAUUGUACAGAAGCUAACACUAUCACAGGCCAUUGAUACAAGAGAUGCUUUAGCCAAAUCAAUCUAUGCCUGCUUAUUUGACUGGCUGGUUGAACAAAUCAACAAAUCUCUUGCAGUGGGGAAGAGGCGAACUGGCAGAUCCAUCAGCAUUCUAGAUAUCUACGGCUUUGAAUCAUUUGAUAAAAAUAGCUUCGAGCAGUUCUGUAUUAAUUAUGCAAACGAGAGACUACAGCAACAUUUCAAUCGUCAUCUUUUCAAACUAGAACAGGAGGAAUAUAUCCAGGAUGGCAUUGAUUGGACAAAAGUUGAUUUUGAAGAUAACCAAGAUUGUCUUAAUCUCUUUGAAAAGAAACCAUUGGGACUGCUCUCUCUGUUGGAUGAGGAAUCCACAUUUCCGAAUGGGACAGAUUUAACACUUGCCAACAAGCUUAAACAACAUUUAAAUUCUAAUUUGUGCUUCAGAGGUGAACGAGGGAAGGCUUUCACAGUUGCGCACUAUGCAGGAGAGGUUACAUAUGAUACGAUUGGAUUUCUAGAGAAGAACAGAGACUUGUUGCACUUGGAUUCUAUUCAACUCUUGUCCUCUUGUUCUUGCCACCUUCCUCAAGCAUUUGCUUCUAGUAUGCUCGUCCAAUCCGAGAAAUUUGUUGUCGGUCCUCUAUAUAAAGCAGGUGGAGCUGAUUCCCAAAGACUCAGUGUAGCAACAAAAUUUAAGGGUCAACUUUUCCAGCUGAUGCAACGUCUGGAGAGCACCACCCCGCAUUUCAUUCGCUGUAUAAAGCCAAACAAAGUUCAGUCUCCUGGGUUAUAUGAGCAAGGCCUUGUAUUGCAGCAGCUACGGUGUUGUGGGGUCCUAGAGGUAGUUCGGAUUUCACGGUUCGGAUUUCCUACAAGAAUGUUUCAUCAGAAGUUUGCACGGAGGUAUGGGUUUCUUCUACUGGAGGACAUUGCAGCAAAAGAUCCUCUAAGUGUUUCUGUUGCCAUACUUCAUCAAUUUAACAUCUUACCAGAGAUGUAUCAAGUUGGCUACACCAAACUCUUUUUCCGGACUGGCCAGAUCGGAGUUCUUGAAGAUACAAGGAAUCGUACUCUCCAUGGCAUUUUACGUGUUCAAAGCUCGUUCAGAGGGCACCAAGUUCGGUGUCAUAUGAAAGAGCUUAAAAGAGGGAUUGCUAAUCUCCAGUCAUUUGUUCGUGGAGAAAAAGUGAGGAAAGAGUACAUGGAGUUAUUGCGGAGGCAUAGAGCUGCCAUUGUUAUACAAAGCCAGGUUAAGAGCAAGAUCUCCAGGAAACAGUACAUGGGCAUGCUUGAUGCAUCGGUUGUGAUACAAUCAGUGAUUCGUGGUUGGUUGGUGAGACGAUGCUCUGGUGAUAUUGGAUGGCUAAAAUUUGGAGGCACCAAGAGAAACGAGUCAGACGAGGUGUUAGUGAAGGCGUCAGUACUUGCUGAACUUCAGCGGAAGGUUCUUAAGGCUGAGGCUGCUCUGCGUGAGAAAGAAGAAGAAAACGAUAUUCUUAAGCAAAGACUCCAGCAGUAUGAGAACCGAUGGUCCGAAUACGAGACGAAAAUGAAAUCCAUGGAAGAAAUCUGGCAAAAACAAAUGCGAUCAUUGCAAUCCAGUCUCUCUAUUGCAAAGAGAAGCUUAGGAGGAGCCAAUGACUCCGAAAGAAACUCGGAUGCAUCAGUAAAUGCAAGCGAUGGUACAGACUGGGAUUCGGCGGGUAAUUUCAGGUCCCAAACGAGCAACGGAGGGACAAGGCCUAUGAGCGCGGGUUUGAGCGUUAUAAGCCGUUUGGCUGAGGAAUUCGAACAAAGAGCUCAAGUUUUCGGGGAUGAUGCAAAGUUCUUGGUGGAAGUGAAAUCUGGUCAGGUGGAAGCAAAUCUGUAUCCGGAUCGGGAACUUCGUAGGUUGAAGGAGAUGUUUGAGAAGUGGAAGAAGGACUACGGGACGAGACUGCGGGAAACGAAAGUGAUACUUAACAAGCUCGGGAACGAUGAAUCAGGAGGAUCAUUGGAGAGAGUGAAGAGGAAAUGGUGGGGAAGGAGGAAUAGCACUAGGUACUUUUGAGUAUCAUUUCUUUCGAUUUUUAGAAGCAAAAUCUUCGGAAUUUGAUUCGAAUCUGUUGGGUUCUUGGGGUUUAUUUUUUCGAUUUUGUGGCCAUUGAAGUUGCAAAGUAGUAGUGAUACAUUGUAAGUGAGUGACAUGUUUGCCACGAUGUGAAGGAUUGUAUUUAUAAGUGAGGCUUCUGCUUCUUACUUUUUUUUUUUUUAUAUA